UAUCUUUGCAGAGCCAACUAUAUACAACUUGAUCCAACCAUAGAAAAAAUAGACAAACCUCAUAAAACUGCAUUCAAUGGUCGAACGCAUCUGCAUGUUAUAAUGUUAAAUGCAUUUAUAGUAUAUAAAAAAUAUUAUUAAAAAAAACUAUAUAUCUGCCAAACAAAUGCACAAAUUACAACCUGGAAAUGGUCGCGAAUUGAGACCAAACUGUCAUAAAAAUCAGUUAAUAACCGCAGACCCCGCCAGACGAGCGAGUAGGAAAGUAUAUAAACGUGUACUAAUGUGCGUGAUAUACUUAUCGCUUAUGUGGAUAUCAUACGAAUAUGUAUAUAUUUUCAUUUUCAUUUGGCCAGAGAUCGCUGGGGUAUAUCGCUGCGUUUAGUUGACAAAGUUGUGUUAACCUGCACGGUUCCAAUUAACGGAAACCGAAAGUUCUGACCACAAAUACCGCACAAUAACUAAAAGUGCUCCUAAACUAAAAAGCGGAAAAAAUUAUUCAAGUGGUUUAAACUAAAUUGUGAAUUAAAAUGCGAGCCUUUCCUAUUUUGUGUAUAGUUUUACAAAUUUUAGCAAUCGGUCGAACGGAAUCGGGAGAUUUUGAGAAACUCGUUAUUCCCGUAAAUUAUCCAAAACCGGGAACAAACAGCGCGAUCCGUGGAAACGAGACAUCCGGACACUCAGUGGCCGCGCGCUCCUACUACGAUGGUGGUUUCUCCGCCUCCCAAUCCAGCUGCUCCGUGGGAACGGAGUGUACUCCUCUCCACGACUGCACGGCUCUGAUCUACGAGGUGGCCAGGAGCUGCUACUACGGCGACAAGUCGCUCUAUUGCGGUGGAACAAGUGAGGAACUUCCCUACGUCUGUUGUCCCAGCAGUCCCUUGGAGAAGAACCAGGUGUGCGGCAAAUCCCUGGUUCAAGGACACUUCUACAAGGGACUGGGAUCAUAUCCUUUUGUAGCUCGUAUUGGAUUCAAGCAUGUCAAUACGGGAGCCUUUGCCUAUCCCUGUGCUGGAGCCGUCAUCGCCAGGCGGGUCAUCCUCACUGCCGCCCACUGCGCUCUGGCCAAGGCCGACGGGCACCGACUAUCAUCGGUACGGGUGGGCGAGUAUGAUACCUCCAGCGAUCCGGACUGCGCCAACACCGGAUUCUGUGCCCCGCGCUCCGUCAACCACGCCAUCAGCCAUGUGAUCGUCCAUCCCGAUUACAAGCAGGGCCAGUACCACCAUGACAUUGCCCUGUUGGUGCUCAAAACGCCACUCAACUAUUCGGUGGCCACACAACCCAUCUGCCUGCAGAAGACACGCGCCAACCUGGUGGUGGGCAAGCGGGCCACGAUCGCCGGCUGGGGCAAGAUGUCCACCUCGAGUGUCCGACAGCCGGAGAUGUCUCACCUGGACGUUCCGCUCACCAGUUGGGAUCUGUGUCUGAGAAACUAUGGAUCCACGGGCGCUUUAGAGUCACCCAAUUCCAUUGAAGGCCAGUGGAUGUGCGCCGGCGGCGAAGGCAAGGAUGUAUGCCAGGGAUUCGGUGGAGCGCCGCUGUUUAUUCAGGAGAACGGUAUCUUUUCCCAGAUCGGCAUCAUGUCCUUUGGAUCGGAUAACUGCGGUGGGUUGCGCAUCCCGAGUGUCUACACUUCAGUGGCCCACUUUGCCGAGUGGAUACACGACAACACGCCGCCAGAGUAGACGUCCCUUCUCCUAAGAUAAGCAAAUAAACUUAAAAUUAAUUAAAAAAUUGCAUUUUAACCGAAAAGCUGCGAUUCUUUGAAACUAAAAACAAUACGACACUAACAAAAAAAAGAACGAGAAGGGACAGAAGAACCUGCUCCAUUGCGCAGCACUUUCCAAUGAACUGAUAUGUUGAUCUGAGCAUACACGCAUCCAAUAAUUUAAUUGAAUUAAUUGAACUUUGACACGAACCCCUCGCAGUCUUGAAAAUAUAAAAUGAUCUUUUAUACAAAUAAGAUGACGUCAAGAACAGAAACACUUUACACUUUCGAAUGAUUUCUGUAGUAUUGUGGCUUUAAGUUGACUAUAAAUAAAAGAAAUACUAAUUUAAAGAUAUAAAGAUUUAUUUUGAGCUUUAUUUAUUACAGCCAGACAUUUUUUAAUACUGAAAUAACAUUUUUAAAAGAGCAUUCGAAAUUCGACUAGGAUCUUCCAAGUAACUGCAAUCUAUGCCUUGUGGAACUCUGGAGCACCGAUCGUUAAACUUAAUCGCUUCUCGGACUGGGUUCGAUUUAGUUGCAAGGGAAUUCUCCUCCUCUCCUGCUUGUCCAACUACCUUAGUAUGUGUUUUAACUUUGGAUGCCGGUUGCCGGUUGCCGGUGUCCCGGUGCCAUGUGGCUAAUUGGAGUCAGCUGUUUUUAUGAUCCUCUCGGAUCAGCUGGUGGUUUGGCAAGACCUUCCCGACCAAGAACUAAGCCAUAAAACUUGAAUGCGAGACUGCACUGCGAGAAACCCGGUACAGAUAUUCACAAAAUAGCAAACUAAAUAGAAUUAAACCCCCAUUGAGGACAGUUGCAUAAGCUGUGCCGGCUGAUGACAAAUCAAUUUGUUCACAUUCCCGCAGAAAUCAAACGCUUAAUCAAUUUACGGACGACAAAGAGGCCGCCGGACAGGGCAGGGUAUCAAGUAUAUCGGCGAGAUACGAGGGUCGGAGGCUGGAGGCUGAAGGCUACAGCCAGAAGGCAGAAGACGCUAAAUGAAAAAUCAAUUUGCUUGUUGUUCUCCAAAAACAGAGACGGACGCCGUCCCCAGACGGUCAGUCGGCAAUCGAUCGUCGCGAGGUGAACAUCGUCAAGUGGUCGUUGUCGUCGUCGCUGGAGCGCUUCUGCUCAUCCCGAAUUUCCCAUUUGGCGGGGCGAAAAAUUCUUAAAAAACAUUCUCCGUAAACUGUCCAAAAUUUUAAUUGCAUAUUUGGGCCGCGUGUGUGGCCACUGGCCAGCUGGAAUCGUUCAAAUUUAUCAAUGGCCUUGAAAUAUUUGUUAAAUUCUUGCUUAUAUUUAACAGUCUGGCUGUAUUGGCACUAAAUAAUGAUGAUGCCCAGUAAAAUUGAUAUAAUAUUUAGUUAUAGAGUACAUUCUGAACCCUAAAUUCGGUUCGUAUUUGGUUUGUCAGGAAAAGUAUCUUAACAUUAAAUAGUUGAUGUAAACUAUGAUAUUUGUAAAAUAUAUGUAGGUGCUGCAUCCAGUGAGGUAGUGAAGAAUUGUAGCCUCUGAAAGUUAAAAAAGAUAGUUUGUUUUUAAUUAGUUUGUUUCAUAAUAUAAUAAAUAAAUAAAAUAUAUUCUUAGUUUACUUCAACUCUUUAAAUUGGCAAACAACUUUACAAAUUUCUAAAUAAAAUACUUUCAAAACUAUUUCUUCAAAAAUCCUUUUAAUAAUAUUAAUUAAGAUAUUUUUGAAUUAAAUAUAUGGCAACCCUUAGGAUUAUUGGAAUAUGUUCCAAUGGAGGAGAAACCCGAAG